AUGAUGUCUAGUCUCAUGAAGGAAAUGAAAUUUUACAUUUCACUUGCCUAUGGUGCUUUGGCUUGCAAAUUGGGAGCCCGGACUUGGUAUGAUCGAAUCAAUGACAAACUGGUCCUAGGAGCCUUGCCAAUUCUCCCUGAAUGGGAUACGAUUCGACUUAAAGAGGGUAUUAGUCAUGUCAUCAGUAUGGUUGAACCAUUUGAAAUCAAGUCCUUCGUUCUUGGACCGGGUGAGGCUGCUGACAGGGGUAUAAGGUAUCUCUCGCUGCCAGUAAAGGAUUUCGUUGGCGUACCUACUAACGAUCAGGUUGACGCAGGUCUGGAUUUCAUAGACUCGUGCCAGAGGCCAGGGGAUAGCGUGUACAUUCACUGCAAAGCCGGUCGUACACGCUCCGCUUUCAUUGUAACCUGUUACUUUAUGUCGGCGUUUGACCUUCCUCCGGAGGAGGCAGUGGCGCAGAUUCAGUCCCGCCGACCCCACAUUACUUUCAACUCUACUCAAUGGCGUGGUCUUCGAAACUACUUCGAAUUUGUGCAUCAGAGGCGUCAGCCGCGAUUGCAGCAGCAAUAG